GGCGGGGCCCCGCCGGGGAGACGGUCGCCCGGCCCCGGCCGCUCUGAGCCCGGCGGCCGCUGCCGGGGAAGGGACUCGGGUGUGAGCCCGGCAAGGGGCCCGGAGCGCGUGAGGAGGACACCGGGGACCGGGACCGAGACCUGGCCCGCUGGGGCUUAGCGCGUCUGGCCCGGCUCGCGGGCGCCUUUUCCGCUGUUAGAUCCCAUUUUACGGCUCUCAAGCUUCUGUAGGAUGCUGUAAACGGUUGUCACAGUUGGUUUUCAAGUAGCAGAAAGAGCUACAACUUCUCCUUCGCAGAGCUUUUAGAGUUGCAUUCAAUGCCUAACAUUGCAGAAGCAGAAAGGGCAAAUGAUUCUGGAAAUGGUGAGCACAAAUCCGAGAGAAACUCUCCUGAAGAGAAUCUACAAGGUGCUGUACAGUCUUUCUGCACUCGUGCCUCGGGGGCACCCUUGGGUCCCAAAGGAGAUGGUCAUUAUCCGUGGAGCUGUCCAGUGACCCAUACUCGGGAGAAAAUUUAUGCCAUCUGUUCAGACUAUGCCUUUCUCAACCAGGCAACCUCAAUCUAUAAAGCUCCAAAUUCAACCCGCUCUUCUUGCCUCCCCGAUAGUACCUCUUUAUCUGCCGGAAAUAACCCAUCAAGGUACAUCGGCAUCCCAGCUAGUACAUCAGAAAUCAUCUACAAUGAAGAAAAUAGCUUGGACAACUUAUCCCAUAGCCUGGGCAAGCUACCUCUCGCAUGGGAAAUUGAUAAGUCUGAAUUUGACGGGGUGACCAUGAAUUUGAAACACAAAUCAGGCAAUGUAAAGAAACAAAUUUGCAAGAAAAAAACUUCAGACAAAAAAGGAAGACAUCAAAGGGAGUGGCCUCAGUAUUCUCCUCUUGAAGAUAUUAAGCAGCGGAAAGUAUUAGAUCUCAGAAGAUGGUAUUGCAUAAGCCGACCACAAUAUAAGACUUCUUGUGGCAUCUCCUCAUUAAUUUCUUGUUGGAAUUUCUUAUAUAGCACAAUGGGAGCUGGAACACUUCCACCUAUUACCCAAGAAGAGGCUUUACAUAUUUUGGGCUUUCAACCUCCAUUUGAAGAUAUUAGGUUCGGCCCUUUCACUGGGAAUACGACACUUAUGAGGUGGUUUAGACAAAUUAAUGACCACUUUCAUGUAAAAGGAUGCUCGUAUGUGCUAUAUAAGCCUCAUGGGAAGAAUAAAACAGCUGGAGAAACUGCUUCAGGGGCCUUGUCGAAGUUAACUCAUGGAUUGAAAGAUGAAUCGCUGGCUUAUAUCUAUCAUUGCCAAAAUCAUUAUUUUUGUCCAAUUGGCUUUGAAGCAACCCCUGUGAAAGCUAAUAAAGCAUUCAGCAGGGGUCCCCUCUCACCACAAGAAGUAGAAUAUUGGAUCUUAAUUGGAGAAUCAAGUAGAAAACAUCCUGCUAUUCACUGUAAAAAGUGGGCAGAUAUUGUUACUGAUCUCAACACUCAAAAUCCAGAAUAUCUAGAUAUCCGACACUUAGAGAGGGGGCUGCAGUAUCGAAAAACAAAGAAGGUUGGGGGAAAUUUGCAUUGCAUUAUAGCAUUCCAGAGACUUCAUUGGCAAAGAUUUGGCCUUUGGAACUUUCCAUUUGGAACCAUUAGACAAGAAUCACAACCUCCAGCACAUGGCCAGGGAAUAGCCAAAUCUGAGAGCGAGGAUAAUAUCUCCAAGAAGCAGCAUGGGCGUCUGGGCCGAUCUUUCAGUGCUAGUUUCCAUCAGGACUCAACAUGGAAAAAGAUGUCCAGUAUCCAUGAGAGAAGGAACAGUGGCUACCAGAGUUAUGGUGAUUUUGAUGGGAAUGAUUGACCAUGUUGGGUACUGAACAAUUUGUGUUAUACAUACGACUGCUCUAUACAAGACUGCAUUAAGACAGUAGAAGGUUUUAUCAAGUCUACACUAAAUAGGAACAGAUGUUGUGGUACAAAAUAUAACCUUGUAGUUCUCCAGUAAAUAAGCUUGUAUAUGAUUAUGAUGGGUGAUUUCAGAUAUAGAAGCAGAUAAGCACAGAUUAUUGUCCUUUUAAUGAGUAUAUAAACAUUAUGGACAAUUUCACAAAAUCCAGUAAAAUUACAUAUAAACAAUUCAAACACAAAUUCACUUAAUAGCAUCAUGAUUUGAAAUACUUAAGCAUGAAAUGAUUUCUUAUAACUUGAUCACCACGCAUUUGUUGCGGAUAGUUUUAUUCCUAAACUCAAUAUAAAAGGUAACAUCUGCCCUUUUAAAGAAAAUUGGGGCUGUUGAUUUCUAGUUUUCUCUCAUGGUUAAAGCUCAUUUAAAAUUAUUUCAUCAGUCUAGAAUUCUUUUACUUGCAAGCAGCAUCUUGCCUGCCUCAUUUGUUUCCUGACUAACAUUCUCAGGAUCCUCCAUAAAGAGGCAAAAGUGAAGACUCAAGAAACUGAUCUUUUUUAUUGGUGCAUUGAUCUAGGAUAUUCUUGACUUUCUUGACUUGGUAUGGUACUAUCCAAUAUUGACAAGAUCUUCAGGCCUUGAAAGACUUCUGUCUACAGUGAACCUUGUUUUGGGAUAAAAGAAAAGUAGAAUCCAGAGUUUCUACAUCCAAGGUAAUCUAUGAAAUGAGACUUUGCAAUAUUUGAUUGGUCCCUGAGUGUGAAGUCCUAUGUUGCUAACAGCAUUAAAGAUGCAUUAGGAAUGCCAUGCCACUCAGAGGACAGAUAUCUGUAUUCCCAGCUCUGAGCUGCUUCCUUUUUUAAAUCGUACAAUUAGCUGUUUGAAGUGAGUGUUAAAUAGUUCAGAAGGAGUGGAUUUCAUGUAUUUGAGCUCCUGCCUCGUUGAUGUUCGUUUUUCUUCUGCUGUCAGCUUGUGAUGUGUUCUUUCAUUUCAGGGGAUGUUUCAUGACUCAAAUCAGUAACUUGAUUAUUACAAGGUGCUGAAUAUGUAGGUAACCAUAUUGCAAUACACCUCAAGGAGAGGGUUCAGAUUUUUAUUUUUAAAAUAUUUUCAUUUUCUUCUCUUUUGAAUUUUAUAUCCAUUUACCCACUCAGACAUGCCUAGCCUACAGACAGGGAUAUAUAUUAUGAAAUGGUCAUUUUUCUGAAGAGAAUAUUUUGCGUGAAAUGCAAAGGACUGAAAGAGAUUUGUAGGUCGUUGAUUUUGUUACUUCACACUGGAACUUUUAAGAAGUUUUCAUCAAAUAAAGUUUUGUUUUCUACUUUUAA